GACUAUGGUAUAUACUCAACUUGACAACAACAUUCACGGACAUUCACAACCACAGGAUUAGCCUACACAACCGUAAAGUGGGAUUGCAGAACUAAGAACUAUGAUUUAUUAUUGCAUUCUCAUUUUUAUGCAGGGUCCAAUUCAUUAGAGUAAAUCGGAGUUAACUGGCCCGUAAAACCAAUUCAAAGUCAGAGAUAAUAAAAGAAGAUGGGGUGUGCCAGUAGUAGUGUAGCAACUGAUAGUGCCAAUGUUAAAGUCUUCCACAGACAAAAAGUUAGCAUUAGAGUAGGAAAUGCUGUGAAACUGCUGAAAUCAGAGCCUAUUCUCAUAUUUGUAUUCGGUGGUCCUGGAUCAAAGAAAGGUAGACUUACUAAUGAUUUAGCCCAAACAUUUGGGCUAAAGCUGAUAAAUGUUAGUGAAAUAAUCAUUGAAGAAUUGUCUAAAAAGAUUGAAGAUCCAGAAAUCUUAAGUCUUCGAGCUAAAGUUCAAGCACAAAUAAAGGAAGAUCCUCUGGCAGUGAAAUUAAUCUGGGUGACAAGAGAAAUUUCAAAACAUAUCGAUGAAAAUCCAAAAGGUGGCUAUAUAAUAGAUCUUAUGCCUAAUCUCAAAUCUCUAGUAAAUAGUGCUGGAUUUGUUAAAGAAUGUUCGAAUGAAAUGAAACUGUUUGAACAAAAGUAUCCAAUAUCUUUUGGUAUUAAUUUUGCUGUACCACUGGAUAAGGUGGUAAAGAAGAAAGAACCAGAAUGUGCUAAACCAGUGAAACCAGCUAAAGACAGUAAAAAGGAAAAAGAUGGUGCAAAUGUAAAGAGUGAUGAAGCAGAUUCAUUCCGGACAAAGAGGAGAGCUGCUUUAUUUGACAAGAAUGUGAGACCAUUUCUAGAUUACUUUCAGAGGUCUGAACGUCUACUCACAGUUGAUACCUCAUCAGGUGUGGUUGAUUUGAUAUGGGGAAAAGUUUGUGAAGUUUUUUCUGAUCUUCAAUUACAAAAUUUGCAAAAUAUCGAAACUGUGAUAAUAUUCUGCUACAAAGAACAAGAUUUAAAUAUGAUUAAUAUUGGCAGCUAUAGCAUGGAAAAAAUAGUAUUGAAAGAUCAUCUACAGGAUUCGCAAGACCCAGUUGAAAAGGUGUUAAAAACAUUAUGUAAAGUUAUUGACAAUAGUAAUCCUACAAUGAAGGCCUAUGUUGUUGAUGUUGCUGAUACUUGUUUAGUAGAUAAAAUUAGUAUUGAUUUUGCAAAGAAAACAAUUGUGUUUGUUGAUAAUGAGAGUGCUAAAUUGGAGAAAUAUGUAAAUGCUACACAAAAGACUUCACCGUGUGCUCUGUCAUUUAAAGCGGUGUCAUCUACAGAGAAUGAAGUGUGUUUAUUUCCAACUGAUGUCAAAACAGAUUUAGCAAAGAAAAUUGCUUUGUUUAUGGCAGAGUGUAGAGAACUGUAAAUAAAAUGAUUAUGGAAUAUUAUAGCCAUAUUUAAUGCAUAAUUCAACUCUUCAUUACUGGUAAAAAAAAAAAAAGCUAGGAUGUUUGUGUUGCUUUUUUUGCAAAACAAGGUGUAACUUUCAGAUUUUGUGUAGAAGUGAACAGCUUUCUUUAAAAAUGAAUGCUAAUUUUACAAUAUUUAAUUAUUUUUGUUGUUGAAAUUCUUCAAAAUUAUCUACAUUAUGAUAGGUAUGUUGUACAAAUUUUGUUGUUCUAUACUUCCACAAUGUGAUCGUACAUUGCCAUCACCAUUGUCCAUUUGUAAUUUCUUGGAAAAACUCAGCAAACUACAUUUAUCAUCCAAUCUUUUCAAACUGUAUACAGUAUGUUGUUUCCAUCCGUGACAUGUAGUAUACCAGUAGUGAAAUUUUAGAGACCACUGAUCAGGCCUUAGUUAUCGCCCUUGAUCACUUUGUAGAAUUUUGAAAUUUAUCUAUUGAUUGUCACUAAUACUGGACAGAUUUGUAGAAGGAAUUUCAUCUUGGUGGGAUUGUUCAUUUUGGUUUAAAGAGCAACACUAUCAUUAUCAACUAUCUUACAUUUUUUGAAGAAGGUUGCAAUGAUUAAAGAAUUUUAAUGUGUAGUUGUAUCAGUGUACUCUUUUACAGGUGGUUGAUUGAGGCUUUUUGUCAUCUUAUUAAAAAUACCAGUACAGGGCUGAAUAUUUAAUUGGUUUUUGACAAAUUUUUAGGAAUACAAUUGGUGUAAAUAGUUUUCAUAAAAACUUUUCCAGAGUUCCUGUGCUUGAAUUAGAGGAUUUCUGAUAAAUGUAUAUUACUAGUCUACACUCAUUAUACAUGAUUGAUUUCUUGUCCAGUUUUCAUAAAAUAUUCAGGAAUACCUAAUCAGUAACUCAGAGUUACUGAUCAAUUUUCAUGAAAGUUUGACCACAAUCAUUAUAAAGUACAGACUCCUAACAGCACUUUGUGGACUAUAAUAUUUGCUGUAUAUUUCAUGCAAUUUUUCUUAAUGUAUAAUGAUGUAUGAUAGACUGUGUAAAUACUGUUUCUAAAUGUUAAUUUAUUUUAUAACAUAAAAAUACCAAAGAGAUUAAAGGAGGGAUGUUCUUGUUGUAAUCAUUACUUGUUGUUAUUAUUAUAUACUUGUUGUUUACUUUGCUCAAGUUUACUUGUUAAUAAUUUUAUAUUGUUAAAUAGAUUAUUGUUUGUAUUUUCAUAUUUUAAUUGAAGGCAAUAAGUAAUAAUUUCAGUAUUAUAGUAAUAAAUAUUAAGCAGCAA